AUGUCUACCACAGUACCGAAGCCGGCCCGGCUAUCGAAUGGGCCACCCAACUCCGCUCUCCCUGCGCUUCCUAUGGGCAAGACGCGGAAAUCCGUAGGAGGACUGUCCCUUUCAACCAACACUGCGAUGCCAUCAACACCAAAGUCUGGCGUUCUUCGAACCCCAUCAAGCGCUUCCAACUUCCGCAACUCUACAGCAUCACCAGCUGGCGGACUGCCCCAGCCGCGAGCAGUUUCUUCCAUCAACGCUUCAUCCAAAACAUUACGGAAAUCCGUCAGCAUAAACUCGUUUCCGCAACCACCACGCGGCGAAGGCCGACUUACCAGCUUACCGCCUAGUCCGCUUUCCGCCGGUGGCUUGUCGCGGAAAUCAAAGACACCAACAACACCAACGUACCAGUUCUCCGGUAGCACGGGGAGUCUCCUCAACGGGAGCGGUGACGGCAGGUCGGCUGCCCGGUCUAGAAACUCGGAUGGCUUGAUCAGCAUCGCAUCACCACCCCAGAGCCGCAGUUCAUCCGCACAAGACUCGUACUCGACUUCAGCCACGCAAUACGAAGACAUGGAGGCAACACAAUCUCGACCAGAUACCUCUGCAGGAAGCAAAAGCAAACGCGAAUCAAUGACCGAGAAAAAAGGCAAUGUCGUCGUGAGCGUAAGAGUACGGCCAGAUGCUUCCGGCAACGAACAAACAACAGACGGGGAGUGGAUGGUGGACGGGAGGAGGUCCCUAAUUUCGUACAAUGGCAAGGAGGGAGGCGAUUACUAUUAUGAUAACGUUUUUACGACCCACGAUGACAAUUCGAAAGUCUACGACCAUAGUGCCAAGCGCUUGGUAAGGCGAGUUAUGGAAGGAUAUCACGGCACAGUCUUUGCGUACGGUAUGACGGGUACAGGAAAAACGUUUUCGAUGCAGGGCACGGCCUCUUCGCCAGGCGUGAUACCGCUGGCUAUUACCGACAUCUUCUCAUACAUUCGCGAAACGCCGUCGAGAGAAUUCCUGCUUCGGGUCAGCUACCUGGAGAUCUACAACGAGAGGAUCCACGAUCUACUGAGUAUGGCAACGGGAGGCAAUGGUCCUGGUGCCCCAGCACAGGAGGAAAUCAAGCUGCGUGAGGACAGCAAGCGGGGUGUUUAUGCGACGCCUCUCAAGGAAGAAAUUGUUCAGAGUCCGACGCAGCUCCUGCGUGUGAUUGCGCGGGGUGAUCAGGCUCGUCGGACCGCAAGUACGCAGUUCAACGCCAGGAGUUCACGCAGUCACGCAGUCGUCCAAAUUGUGGUGGAGAGCAGGGAGCGUGUGCCCGCGGGAGAUAGCUCAGGGGGAAGCAAGCGACAGGGUCUGCUACCGGGUGGCGUGCGAGUUUCUACCCUGAGCUUGAUCGAUUUGGCGGGGUCAGAGAAGGCGGCUGACACAAAGGAGAGACGUCAAGAGGGUUCGCAUAUCAACAAGAGUUUGUUGACCCUAGGAACGGUCAUCGCCAAGCUUUCCGAGAACAAGGACAAGGACGACAAACAUUUACCUUACCGCGACAGCAAACUCACACGAUUACUGCAAGGCGCGCUGUCGGGUAACUCGCUUGUGAGCAUUCUCUGCACGAUUCAGUGUGGCGCUGGCGGAAGUACCGCUGGAAGCACUCACAUCAACGAGACACUCAACACUCUGAAAUUCGCAUCUCGAGCGAAAAACAGCAUCGUCAGUCGCGCUAAACGUGCAGAUGAAGCUCUCGGAGCCGGGGGUGAUGGCAAUGCUAGGGUCUUGCUUGAACGCUAUCGGAUGGAGAUUGCUGAACUGCGUAAGGAGCUGGAGAAGCAGGCAAAGUCCAAUAAUCAAAAGGAGGCUGAGGAGGAGAUGGAGCGCGAUGCAAAGGAGGAAUUGGCACGAGAGCUGGAAAUGGAGCAACGCCACGAAGAACAGAUGCUGGAAAUGCAGCUGGCUCGAACCGCUUUGAAAGAGAGGAUCGACCACUUGAACCGGCUUAUUCUCAGCUCAAAAUCGAUAGGAGUCAACGCCAACGGAUCACUCAGCUCCUAUUCGCUCAACACGUUCAACAACAGGUUUUCUGUGGGAUCGGUAAGAUCCGUUAUGACCACCUCUAACGCAGGCAGGCCAUUCUUGGAGAGAUCUACGUCUCUGGCGUCAUCUUCUUCGACAAUUGGCCGGAGAUCCCUCGAAAAGCGGUCGUCUGGUAGCGGACCAGAAGCACCUCUAACAGAGGCCGAAGAUGAGGAUAGCAUAGGCGAAUUUGGCGAUGGGACAGCCUCGCUUGCGGCUCAGAAUCAGGCGUUGCAGGCAGACCUGGCGGACAAGAACCGGUACAUCCAGACUCUGGAAAAGCGACUUCUUCAGGCUCGCCGCGCAAGCUCAUCCCGUACCUCGCUAGGGAUCACUCCAGGGAAUAAGAUACUGGUAGGAGAGGACCAUAGCGUUUCGACCUUGCUUAGGGAAAAGGAUGCGGAGAUUGCUGAGCUUCGGGCCAGGUUGGAUGACAAGGACAGAAUGCUGGCGGCAUUGCGGAACUCGGCAAGAUCAAGAGACAACGCGGAUCGCGUCGAGUCGAGGACUAGCAAUCGCAACUCGCGGGUCUUUUCUGAUGAUGGCAACUACAGUCUUGCCAACACCCCCGGCGCCACCACGCUCAACAGCCCAACAGGUUCCACGCCAACGUUAAGCAGGCAGGUGUCGCUUAUGAACAGCGCCAGGACUCGAACAAAGAGCGUCGACGAGAUGAGCAAGAUGCUGGACGAUAUGAUCCAAGAUCGUGUCGAAUCCGGCCAACUUAUCCGUGGGAACAGGGGAAGCAUUAGAGUCGCCCCCACGCCUGCCCCGACGAUGCCGUUGCCACCACCUCCGGGCCCGAUCAAUGGUGACCACCCCCACCGAGAGCCUGUGCGGCUUUCGCAACGGACGCCAUCGAGGACACCAUCACCCCCGACCCAGAUGAACGAACCACCUAUCAAACUCCAGCUGCUGUCGAAACUUAGGACGUCGUAUACUGCUGAGUCUCAUGGGCCGGUCAUCAUGGAGGUGUAA